CUUAGAAGCGUUUCCUGUAGCAACAUGGACUGAAAGCGACCGUGGUCCAAUGAUCCAACCCAGUUUGACUUAAUGUCUUUGAUUCCAUGUAAUGGGAACAACAAGAGUAGUCCAAGCACAGCAAUGGUUCCUGGGAGUCCUUGCCAUUACAGUGGUGCUGAUAUUGGUGUACUCCACUCGGUACGAUGGAACCAUGAGACUGGAACCCAAACCCCCACCCAUUAUGUCAGACCCCGACCCCAGGAAGAAGGUAACGGUCACAUUCUGGGGUCGAAAUGGCAACCAUAUGUUUGAGUAUUCUACUCUGAUAGGAGCAGCCAAGAGAAAUAAUAUGACUCCAAUUCUAGUGGAGUCCACCACCAUCUGGAAUAUGUUUAAAUUACCAAUUGCAAAGGGCAGUGUGGAAAAUCUGGAUACAUACAAGCGAUAUAAAGAGCAGCUGCCCUCAGGCUGGUGUAAUAUGACGGAGAGCUUGGACACCUCUCAGGGGGCAUAUCUAAUGGGCUAUCUACAAUCCUGGAGAUAUUUUGAAAAUGUGAGGUUAGAACUUCGAAAGAAACAUUUUGUAUUUCAUGAUCAUCUGAAAAAAGCCGCUAUGGAUUAUAUCGAUAAUGUAAGAAAGGAGCACAAAAAACAAGAUGCUGUAUUAGUGGCUGUUCACGUGAGGAGAGGAGAUUUCGUGAGGCAAAAAAGAAAGGGCUAUACCGUUGGCCCAAUACCUUAUUUUUACAGAGCCAUGAAUUAUUUCAGGAAGAAGUACAAGAACGUAUUGUUUAUUCUGUGUAGCAAUGAUGUGAUAUGGUCAAUGGACAAUUUAGACGACUCUCCUGAUGUCCAUUACUCGCAUAACACCGACGGAUAUCUAGACUUUGCCAUCAUGGCGUCUUGUGAUCACAUGGUCAUGAGUGCCGGCUCCUACUCUUGGUGGGCGGGGUACCUGUGUGGCGGUGAAGUCAUCUAUUACCAUGGUUACCCACAGCCAAACACAGUCAUGGGAAACAACACAAUACGGAAGGAUUAUUAUCCGCCUUGGUGGAUCCCACUGUGAUGCCCAUAUAUUGUAUCGCCCUUUGUAUCCAUUAAUAUAGUGUCCUCAUAUUAUAACAGAUUGAGUCAGGGUAUAUAUGUAAAGUACAAUCAUUUGUACAGGCAUGAAUGUGUCUAUAUGUUAACGAUGGACAACCAUGUCUAUGUUCUGGAUUACACGUGUUUGAUUUAUAUUUUAUACAGUUUAUUUUAUAGCACUUGUACACAUUACUCUCCUCAACAUUACCAUACCAAAAAUGUUGUAAAUUCCUUUUAUUUUUUGUACAUUUAUUAUAUGAUAAUCAUUUAAUUUAAAGCUGCAUUACCACCAUGAAAAUUUGUAGUAGAAAGCAUCAGGUUUUUAGAUUUACUAUAAAAAUGAUCAGGUGUGUGGCUCUAAUUUAAAAAAAUAUUAUGCCCCUUGGUUCAUAGUGACUUUAUGUUGUGUGAUAAACUUUAGUGUAUUUGAUUACCAUAUGUCUACUGUCAUUGUUGAAAAUGUUGAUGAACAAAUCAGUUGUGAUGAACAAGUUUUAAAGAAAAUGAUCAGACCAAACCUGGCAGAGAGAGUUUAGAUCAAAACAGUGAUUAUAACUCAAAGUUAAAAGUUCUCUGUAAAUAAUAGGAGCCGUAGUAUGUGCAUUUUCAUUGAUGAAAUCAAUACUAUAGAAGAUUUAUUAUUAUAGUUGUCAAAUAUCAGCCAUCACUCAACAAUAUAAUACAACUGUGGAAAAUAAUGAACCAAAUGUUAUAAUAGGUUUUGAAAGGUGUGACAGUUUUACUUCUAUACUUACUAAGUAUUAAGUAUAAUAUGUUAUGGUGCUACCGUUGUGGCGACCGCAGCAGGAAUUACACAUCUCUUGCGUCAUUGUCAACUAUGAUAUUUUGACAAUUAUUAGCUAACGUCAAAGAAUUUGAGAGAGAGAGAGACAGAAUAUUUCUAUGUUAAAAAGAUAUUACAAAAUACAUAGACUUGCUUCCCCUUAAAAUCGUUCUUUACUUUCUUCUUUUUUAUUUAGUUCACAAUGACGAGGCUUUAUUUUUGAUAGCAAUUUUACCAGUAUAUAAUCAUUUUUUAAUAUCUUCCUAACUUACACUUACUGUAUAUAAAACUAGUUUAAAAUUGAAUCGAUAUGCCUGUAAAGUAUGGAUCUUGCUUGUAUAUGUAUAUAUAAUCUCUAAGCCCCCCCCCCCCCCCCCCCAAAAAAAAAAAUAAAAUUGUCAUCUGAGGCAGGCAUUGCAGUUUAUAUUGAAAGAGCAAAAACGUUUGAUCCACUUCUAAAUUUAUAGAGAUAAAUAUAGCGUGAAAGGGGUCUAUUGUCUUCAAGCCUACGGUAUAUUACGAGUUAAAUGUCAGUCAUUUUUGGCAUAGCACUAUCGGAGAAAGCAUAAGAGAGCAUUAUGGAAUGCUGCCAAAAAAAUUUAUAAAUGAAUUUGUAGGUUUAGCUUGUUCUUUUUCCCAGGCGCACUGUUACAUAGAUUGUUGUGAUAUAUGUUGAUAUGGCUUAAUUAUGAUGAUAAUAUAAUUUUGAGAUCAUUUAAAUAAAGAUGAUAAAUGUGCAUGAGGCCAUGAACCAAACAUUAGUCAGGAAACAUUACAAUUGCUUUUUAUUUACGUUUGGUUUAUUUCACAGAGUUCUAAAUGCUUUUAAAAGCUUACAUAGUUCAGUCAACAAGUCUCAGAUUACACAUAUUUAACUUUCAUCAAAUAUCAGUUCAGUUGUUUGUAAUUACAUCUUCUAGCUAAUGUCAUUGGAUGUAAAAUAAACUAUAAAAAUUGAGCUUUUAUUUGUUUGUUUCUUUUAAAUAUUAAUAAGUUGAAAGUUUUUAUGAACUCUUAUGGUUUUACUCUAAAACUUAAGUUUUGCAAUUUUCUCAGAAAAUCCAAUUGCUUUAUAGCACUGUUAAGUAAUUAGAACAAGUUAAAGCUAGUUAUAAGUGGAAAAAUUGAUAUAAAUGAAUGAAACUGAGCAAAAGUCAAUUGCUUAAAAGUUUUACACAUUACUAUUAUGGGCAAACUGAUUUAUAAUACAUUACAGUACUUUCACCUACAUAAGAUCACUGAUUCAAGGGAGGUUUACACAGGUCGAGACCACUAUAUCUUGUGACUUCGGCAUAAAUUUGCAUACUAAAUUAGCCAUCUGUUUACUUUUAUCGACAAACCAAUCAUGUGAAUGAGUUGCAUGGCAUUGUGGGCUAUUACAAGUUUCAGUGUAUGCAAAGCGUAUUGAAAAUAUAUACCAUUUUGAAUUGUUCUUUGGAAACUCAUUUUGAAUGAUUUUUUCCGAAUUUAUGAAAUUAAUAUGGGCAAUUAUGUCUGAACUUCAAUUUCUAUGCUCACAUUUAAAAAAUAUUGCAUAUGAGGACUUAUAUAAACCUAUUUUAUUUUAAAUACCUCAUUGUCAAUGUUCAAAAGAGAGGCAAGUCCAAAGAAUUAGAAGCAGAGAGUACCGUUUUUUCACGUGAUAUCCCAUAUUUAAGACAUUAUUAUUAGAAUGCACGUUGAUAUUUUCUUCAGGGACAUUCAUCAGAAUGCUUAACGGACAAAAUACUAUAUGCUGCACAGCUUGCGCUUCUGCGUUUGUAUAUUUGUGCAUUUCUACUACCAUGGCUAUUCACGUAUGUUAAAAAUGUACAGUUACCUGUACAUGUAUUUAUUUCUAGUGCACAAUGGUAAAGUCACCAAUACACAACUGUGCAGUUUUUUCUUAUCAAAAUCUGUUUGUACUUGUAUGCGUAUGUUUGUAAGUCGUUUGAUACUGAUCAUUUUUGAAGCAACAAUUGAUCAACUAAAACAACAGUAUUUUUCAAUGUGAGCAUGGAACAAAGUUAAUGGUACGUAAUCUUUCCUUUUUUACCUUCUAAAGUAAAAAUCAAGAUGUACAAACAUUCCGGCAAGCAAUUAAAUAUUGUGAAUAAAACACAAAAACCACGUGCGUCUAUUGAAUCGUAAACACGUUGUAGACCGUCAUGCAUUGCAACUCAUUCACUGGAUUGGAGAAUCUGUUUGCUGAAAAUACUGUCAUGUGUUAAAUAAUGCUAUCCAUAUAAGGUAGUGUACCCGACCUGUUAAAACAGAACUUUCUUUUGUUGUUUCUUGACUAUAUGCAACAUUUGUGUUCAUUUCAGAAAUCUUUUAACAGAGCCCUUAUACAGUCUGGGCACAUAAGUGGGCUAAAGUUUUUAACCCUUAAUCACAAACAUAAAAAGCAAUGUGAGAGAGAAACGAAGCAAUUAUUUAAUAUUCUAUAAAAAGAUGUACAAGAAUCAAUUAUCACAACAUUUUACAUACAUAUAUAGUAAAAGAAAACUACCGGGUACACACAAUAUGUGCAGAGGCGAUGCGGUCCUCAUCCCCUAGAAAUCAUGGAAGCAUACUUUUACGUAAUAAAAUUUAUAGGUAUAUACAUGUAUUUCAAGUCAAAUGCAAAAAUUAAAAUAUUUAAACAACGACUACUAAAUUUAGUCUUUGAGAUGACUCAAAAUGAGAAGUUUAAUUUAUAGCUUCUUUUUUUUUAUAUCAUCAGUACUUUUCUAGUCAAUUAUUACAAUAUUUAAAAAAAAACAGUGUCCAGAAGUCAUCAUAUUACAAAUACAGCUUCUCUUGUUCAUCUUGAAAAAGUGUUUAUUGUCUUGAGAAUUACAUAGAAAAAACAGCAAUUAAAAUCGAUAAAUUGAUGUCAUAAAAGUUGAAUUUGAUUAUGUGAAU